AUGCUGUCAUGGGAUUCCUUGACAAAUCACGAUAAGUGCCUGCUUGGGACCUGCAUUCUUACUGUAAUUGCCAAUAUUUUUCUAGUGAUUGGGACACUGACACCAGCAUGGCAGGUAGCAGAAGACACCGAUGUGAAUCGCUAUGUGCAAUCUGGUUUGUGGCUUUAUUGCCCAGGAGCUGCACAAUGUUGGUAUAUCUUCAGCGACGACCUGAUCAAUUACUACGAGAAGGUAGACGUCUGCCGCUUCUUACUGAUAGGUGACUGUCGAAAAAAGCUCCUCCGAACGCCCUACUUUUUUGGGUGGCAUUAUGCGGUCCUUGUUCUGAACAUUAUUGCGAUCGGUAUUACCUCAGCCGCUAUUAUUGUAGCUGCCCUUCCAACUCUCAGAAGGAAUCGGCCUCGAGUGGCAGCAAUACUGUUUGACGUCCUCUUAUUUACUUCGAUCCUUAUUCUUUCUAUAUCGCUAAUGGUUUUCGUUGUGAAUGCGGAAAUGUUGGAAUCAAAAUACCUUAUUGGAGUAAAGAAUACAUUUGAGGUAUCCGUUUCGUUUAACGACAAAAUUUCAAUUUCGUAA